AUGCUUGUGAUUGGUCUCACAGGCUCGAUCGCAACGGGCAAAUCCACCUGCGCCCAGAUCCUGUCCUCCCCGCCAUACUCGCUACCUUUGGUUGACGCCGACUUACUUGCGCGAAAAGCAGUGGAACCGGGCACAUGGGGGUACCGCCGCAUAGUUGCCACGUUCGGACCCACGACACCAGACCUCCUCCUCCCGGCCUCGGAUCCCCAGUGUGGUGGUAAAGAAGACGGGCCGAACGGGAAAGGGAGACCGCUGAACAGACCGGCGUUGGGGAGAAGAGUAUUUGGCAAUACAGAAGAGAGGAUACGCGACCGGAAGAAGCUGAACGCCAUCGUACACCCCGCGGUACGGCUUCUGAUGGCGCGCGCGAUGCUUUAUUACUAUUUCCGGGGUCACUGGGCGGUCCUGGUCGACGUGCCCUUGUUGUUUGAGUCCGGCCUCGACAUCUUCUGCAGCACGGUCGUUGUCGUCGCCGUCUCUGAUCCGGCCAUCCAGAUGCAACGGCUUCGAGAACGAGACCCGCAUCUGUCGCCCGAGGACGCUGAGAACAGGGUCAAGAGCCAGGUCGAUGUCCGGGAGAAAGCUGCUCGGUGUGAACGUCGAAACAACGGCAAGGCCGAUGCGGGGAAGGGCUAUGUGCUCUACAAUGACGGCAGUAAGGAGGAUCUCAAGCUUCAGAUCGCAGACGCCAUGGCGAAAAUCAAGUCCAAAAGCCCGAGGUGGUGGAGUCUACUGCUUCUUGUUUGUCCGCCUCUCAUGGCCACGGUCGCUUCCUGGGAAGUAUUCUGGAGCUGGUAUGCACGACGGAAGACGAUUAAGGAGAGAGGCGAGGAAAUGGCCAAACCAAAAUAA